AUGUCUCUUGCGCGGGAACGCCCGGGGGUCCUAUUCCUGGCGGUCGCCCUCGCGUCCUUGGUGCUGCGGGCCGUAUACCUCUUAUAUCUCCAUCCGUUAGCCUCGUUCCGCGGCCCCCGUCGAGCGGCGCUUUCAGAAUGGUGGCUCUAUUCGGUGGCCAAGACCGGUCGGCCAGAAGAGAUCCUGGAGCAGCUGCAUCGAAAGUACAAUACGCGAGCCCUCCGAAUCGGCCCUAAUGAGCUUCACCUGUCCGACUCGACCCUCUACCACACCGUGUACUCCCAGGGCCACUCCUUUGCCAAACAUGCGCACUUCUAUGACGCCUUCGGAACCGUUCCUUCGCUGUUCCUGGAGCGGGACCGCGACCGGCACCGACAAAGACGCAAGGCCCUCGGCAGAUUCUUUUCCAAGGCGUCCAUCCGUGGCAUGCAGCGACUUCUGUCCGCCAAGGUAGAGGCGCUGUGUGACCUGAUAUCAGCCAAGGCAAAUGAGGGCCCUGUGAACUUCUACAAUGCCGCCAGAUGCAUGACGGUGGAUAUCAUCUCGGACCUCUCCUUAGGGCAGUCUUUCAACCUGAUGGAUGACGCAAAAGCGAACGACUUCGCCGCAGAUUAUCUCCAUGUAUUCAACCUGGUCGCUGAGUCGAUCUGGGACUUCAUGUACAUCCCCCUCGCUCGGCGGGCUGCGGGCAUGAUUCCGCCAGCCCUCGCAGCAUGGAUAGGGGGGCCAGUCUCGCACUUCGCACGGUUCAUGAAGGUAAUCCGAUCUACCGUGGCGCGGUUCAAGCAUGCAAAGGCUACGGGAAAGCCAUUCGAACAUGAGGUCGUCUUGGAGGCGCUCUCCGAGCUUCCCGACGAGGAGAUGGUCAUAGAGGCCGUUGAUCUCCUCGUAGCAGGCUCCGACACCACCGCAACCACGCUUGCUGUUGCCUUGCACCAGUUAGCCCGCAACCAACAGGCGCAUACGGCCCUGGAGAAUGAGAUUCGCCAGGCCAAGCUCGAGACGGCCGCGGAUUACGAUCUGACCUCUCUCGAGCAGCUCCCGUAUCUGUCUGCUUGCGUGAAAGAAGCACUUCGCUUCGCAAUGGCAGUGCCCGGCCGCUUGCCUCGCGUGGUUCCUCCGCCACGACCGGGUGCGGGCCCGCUUACGGUCGACGGGCAGGUUAUUCCCCCUGGGACCGUCGUCGGUAUUUCCGCGUACACGGUCCAUUUCGACGAGAAGAUAUGGGGCGCCGACGCCCGAGAGUUCCGCCCAGAGCGGUGGCUCGAGCCGGGAGCAAAAGAACUUGACAAAUAUCUAGUGACUUUCUCAAAAGGGGUGAGGCAAUGUUUGGGAAUAAAUUUAGCGUACGCCGAGCUCACGCUGGCGUUGGCUAUGUUGACGGCCCGGUUUGAUUUCACCCCGGAUGAUACUAUGAGUAAGGAGGACGUUGAGGUCAUUGACAAUUUCACCGCCGGGUUCAGGGGCUCGGGGCCUCGGCUCAAGUUUUCCAACUUGUGA